UACUGUAAACGGCAGAUGACAUAAUAAGGACCCGACAUGUUCUUGGGAGUUUACAUUUAGUGGUUGCAAACUGGGGGCAGUGCAGGCAGGAAUGAGUCUCUGAGUGUGCUGCAAUUAAAGUCUAUUCUGCAUCUAACAGAACUUUCUGGAUAUAUAUUUCCUAGACAUCACUUGAUAACCCCUGGGGUUUAUUGCAGCACUCUUGCAGUCUUUUCACAAGGGAAAUACACUCAUGUGUAUUCCGUCCAGGCAUGAUGGACCAACAAGAAGUUUAUCUAUUCACGGAUAAUGGACAAAGACAGGAACCAGGUGACUGACAGAAUAUUAAACCUCACCCUGGAAAUCAUCUACCUGCUGACUGGAGAGGAUUAUGUACCUUUGAAGAAGCUCAGUGAACAUGUGGCACCCAGCGGCAGCCCCCAAAUGUCAGAAGCAUUGACCACAUCCAAGAUUCCCAUAACAGAGAGUCCACCUCACGCACACGACAGAAGCAAUGACCGAAGAAUCCUGGAACUCACCAACAAGAUCAUUCAGCUGCUCACUGGAGAGGUUCCUAUAAGGUGUCAGGAUGUCACUGUCUAUUUCUCCAAGGAGGAGUGGGAGUAUUUAGAGGAACACGAGGAUCUCUACAAGGAAGCCAUGAUGGAGAAUCAUCGCCCCCACACAUCGUUAGAUAAACUGAAGGGCAAAAAUUUCCCCAGCACUUAUCAGCCCAAUUUCCAGGCAGCAGACCGUGUAGCAGAAAAUAAAAAUGGCGGCAGGUCCAAUCCAAGAUCAGAAUGCCUGAAGAUAUACAAGCCGCCCGAGCGGCCUGACAGAUCUGAGAGUGAUGAAUCCUCAGACUCGGAGGAUUCCUCUUCUGGUGAAGAGGAAGAUCUCCCAGACACCGACCUUUACAUACACACACAAUAUACAGCUACUGAUGCCCAAACCGAUGACGAUUCUGACUCCAGCGACGAGGAUGUCAUCUAUAUAUCCACACAACAUACUGAGACAAAACACCCACCUUUAUACAGAAGAGAGAUCCCAGUGCCGCGUCCAGUGGGAAAUCGACUACACUUCUACAACCCCAGGGCUCUGGGCUACAGGCCUACUCCUAUCAGACAGGUUGCUAAGGCUAACAUCAACACCCAAAAAAUAAACAACAUGUUAAUAAAGUAUGGCGAGCUCAACCGGAGAGUUAAUGUGAAGCCUAAUGUGAAGCCCACUCCCCCACCUCGCCAGACAUUACAGACGACCCGGAAGUUGUACAACUGCUCCGAGUGCCCGAGGUAUUUCGCUAGUAAUGCGGAAAUGAUGAGACAUCUGAGGCUCCACAGGAGAAAAAAGCUGACCUGCUCGGACUGCGGGAAAUUGUUUCCUUACAAGUCCCAUCUGGUCAGGCACCAGAGCGUGCACACCGGGGAGAAAGCGUUUGUGUGCUCGGAGUGUGGAGAAAACUUUCUCUGCAAGUCUCACUUGGUCACACACCUCAGAACUCACACCAGAGAGAAGCCCCUGGUCUGCCAGGACUGCGGCAAGCACUUCUCUUGUAACUCCGCGCUUGUUACCCAUCGGAGGAUUCACACGGGAGAGAAACCUUUCAUCUGUCCCAUUUGCGGGAAGGCUUUUGCCCAGAGCUCCAACUUGCUCUCACACCAGCGAGGUCACACCGGCGUGAAGAAAUUUAUCUGCCGCGAGUGCGGCAAGAGCUUCGCGCAGAAGAAUGAUUUGAGUAGACACUUGAAAAUCCAUAGAGGUCAGAUUGCUUUUCCACAUAUGUAGAACAUUUUUUUUCUUUCAAAAUAAAAGCUUGUUACCCUUU